AGAAUCAAAACCACAGAAGAAGAGCACAGGCCUCCACUGUCGUCAUGAGUUAACUUGUCACAAAACAGACGUGUAGUUGUAUUUAUACGUAGUUAAAGGUUAUUUUCAGUAUAAGUUAUGGAUAUUGCGUUGUAUCUAAUAGCUGCGGCUAUUCUUAUAGUCUUGAUUGUGUUUGCGUUGAAAGUGCGCAGGAAAACACAGGAAGCUGAUGAACAGCAGCGGCGGGAUGUGGUUCGGGCGGUGGCACCCCCCCAGCGGGCGGCAGCGGAGGACCGGGGAGCCGGGAUGCCUCGCCGGAGGAGGAACCUCGGCACAGUGAUGGCGAACAGGCAACCACAAAGAGCCCAAAGAGAACCUGUGGAACCAGAGGAAGAGCGAGUGGAGGAAGAGGAGGCAGAACAGCAGAGUUUCCAGCCCACAGUGAAAAUGGGAGCCAAAAAGCAGAAAAAACUGGAGGAAAAACAAGCCAAGAAAGCUCAGAGAGAGGCGGAGAUGGAGGAGAGAGAGGAGAGGAAGAGGAUGCAGGAGCUCAGAGAGCAGGAAAGACGACAGGAGGAGGAGAAGGAGCGACUGCUCGAACAAAAACAGGAGGAGGAGGAGCGCCGAGCCAAGGAGGAGCAGGAGAGGAGGGAGGAGGAGGAGUACCUGAAGCUGAAGGCGUCGUUUGUUAUCGAAGACCAAGGAGAGGAGGAGCAGCUGACGGAGGACCAGUCUCGGAGUCUUCUCCAGGAGUUCAUUGACUACAUAGAGAGUUCUAAAGUGGUUCUGCUGGAGGACUUGGCCUCUCAUUUUGGAAUGAGGACGCAGGACGCCAUCGCCAGGCUGCAGGAUCUGUUAGCAGAUGGAUCACUGACCGGUGUGAUCGACGACAGGGGGAAGUUCAUCUCCAUCACCCCAGAGGAGCUGGACUCGGUGGCCCAGUUCAUCCGACAGAGGGGGCGGGUGUCCAUCACAGAACUGGCCCAGGCCAGUAACUCUCUGAUCAGCCUGACGCCGGAGAGUCGUAGCAACGCCUGAAGGACCCACGACCAACAAGCUGAAAGCAGAGGAUGAAGGCCACACAUGACCACACGUCCCAGCAGGACACGACUCCUGUGGGUCAGACCAGUACAAGAAGAACACAACCACCUGUAAAUAAUGACAACUACACACUUCACUGUGUUUUACAGUGAAAAAAAAUCUAAUUACAUUAUG